AUGUUGUUGUAUGGUAGCAGAGGAACGAGAGGGCCUAUACAACGGAGGCGCUCAGAUCCUUUAGAAGUUCUAUGCUGGCGUGGAGUUCAGGGCGAAGUGGCGCGGGCAGUUCCCGAUGCGUUCCCGCGAACCUGCCACCGCCUAUUCGGGAACUGUCCAGCGAAGAAGAUAGUGAACAUGACGCCCAUGGCGCGUUGCUCGCGGGCGCCGCCGCUCGAGCCCGGAGACGACACGUCA